AUUCAAUUAAACCCAAAUUCAGGUUCUUUGUAAAGUGAAAUUUAAGACUACCUGAAGAUGGAAAAGAUUGAACUGUUUCAUCCCUUCUAUUCUUUUGAUGAGUGCAAUCAUUUCUUGGAGAUUCUCCGACCGAUCUUGGAGGACACAGAUCCAGUGGUUGCUCUUCUUGCCUUAGAGGGUCUUUACCGCGUAGAAAACGAAGUAAGAAGGUGUCAGUUUACGAAACCUCUCGAUGAUCUUGCAAAGGCAAUUCUUCGAAAAUGGCGUAACGAAUCUUCGUCAUUCAGAGCAUAUGCAGGAGUCUUCAAAAAAGUACCCAAUAUCUUAAAAAGUCUCACUAUCUUCAAAACUCUUGAAGUUCCUCUGUUCGUCGACGAUUAUGGAAAGAAGAGACUUUUGAGCAGCUAUGGUGAAGAAAUCCAGAAUGUUGUCAUUAACGAGAAUACGGAGAUAGCUCAUGUCACUCACUCCGAAGAAGCCAAAUCGAUAAAGGAAGCAAAAGAACUCAAAGGAAGCGAAAGGAAAAACAUCGUUACAGGAUGCUGGUUUGGACUUUGGGAUGCCCAAAACCCAAAGAGCGUUUACGGAAGCAAAGCCUUUACAACAACGCUGAACGCAUUAGGUGUUCGGGGACUUGACCAAGGUGAGAUUGUCGAAUACAAGAACGAGGUCAAUGUGAUCCUUUACGCUACGAAUGACGAGGGCUUCGAUAAUUUGAAGAAACCAACCGAUCAAGCUGUGAAAUCAGAAAAUGAGAAUGCUUAUGUUAAGGUAUCAAUAUUUGUACCGACAGAAUUCCUACCGAAAAACGGUUUUCAGUUUAUGGGGGCUAUUAGAGGUCCUUUUGAAGUUUCACACGACGACAGUUUUUGUGUUAGAGAGAAACGAGAAAGAGACUACGAAUGCCCUGACCGAGACUGAGUUUACGCGCUUGCUCGGGGAGAAACUUAAGAACACUCGUAAGCGUAACUUGUGACUUUAUAUCGUUAACAGAAAAACACCAAUGAAACAUCGGCGCCAAUACUAGAAAUGAUUUUCAAUUCAAUUAAAUCAUUUCCAAAGAGAGUCUAACUCUUUUUUCCCUGUCGUUCAUACAUCUUUGAGCUUUUAAUUUAAAUCUCGGGUAAGGAUUGUAGGUAUUGACUGAUACGCACCGUUUAUGUUUGUAUUGCUCAAUGCAUCGAGAUUUUAUUACCUUUGUUCACCUCGUUAUUGUGUUAAAAUCGUAAUUUUUCAUAAUGACAUGUUUGUAAAGAACUUUUAAUUUAUAACACCUAAUGCAACAAUUAGAGGGGGGAACGGGGGGACGGUUGACGGUUAAAAUAAACCCUUUCGGCGGUUGACGGUUAAAUUUUAGGUCAUUUGACAGGUAAUGGUUAAUUUUUUGGAAAGUCGUUUAUAAACCGAGCCAAACGUCCGAAUUUGGCUGUAAUUUUCUAUAAGGAUGCGUUUGUAAAGAACUGUUAAAUUUAUAGCUGUACAUCUUUUAUUAAUAAAUGACUAAAGUUUUACGACACUGGAAGUCACUUCUGUCCCUAACCAGUUUACUCGCGAUUAGAAGUUAAAGGACUUACAUAAAUGCAUUUUUGUGAUAUCAAUACUUUUAAUCAUAAACAACAGAACUUGACCCUAAUUAAGGCAAUCGUUUAGUUCUUAAUUAGGGAUAUCGGAGACCCUCUUAUAGUGUUUAAAUCGUUCUAUUUCUUUUUAGUUUGAUUAAAACUUUAUUUUACGCAAACGAGAACUGAGUCGAUUUGAAGGCUUCGAACAAGUUAUUACACUGAGGCAUGAAACCGUAUAUAAAUUAAAAUUGAUUUAAAUGCAUGGAAUAAACGUUCCAGACUGUAUGAUGUCUGUGACAAGAUCCUUUCGUGAUGACGCUAUGCUCACUUAGGUAGGUCACAGAGUCAAUAUCGUUCAUUAAGAUUGAUGAAAGUAAACUAAUCACCUCUUAAAUUAAUUGUUAACUGUAUUACGAUUUAGAUCAAAUCCCUAGCGAUUUGCGCUUGUAUUUUGCUCUUCUUAUUACCUGGAAAUAUCAGCAU